UAAAUCAAGUUUUUGUAAAAAUGGCAACUACUGCAGACAUUUCUAGCCUUGUAGAGGAACUAACGUGCUCUGUUUGCCUGGAUUUAUUCCAACAUCCAGUGACACUGGAGUGUGGACACAACUUUUGUAGAUCAUGUAUCGACAGAAAUUGGAAAACUAACAACAUUCCAUCCUGUCCUGAGUGCAGAGCAGAAUUUCAAACCAGGAAAUAUGCUGUCAACAAACAACUGGCUAACGUGGUGGUGAAAACAGGAAAAAAAUCUAUUCAGAGUUCUGAAGCUCAUGUUACACAAAAUGUAAAUCAGUUUUGUAAGGAACACGAGGAGAAACUGAAGUUAUUCUGCAUGCAGGAAGAGAUCCCCAUCUGUCUCAUAUGUCGAGAUUCAGUUAAACACUCUGGUCAUAACUUUCUGCCUCUUAAUGAUGCAGUCGUUCCAUAUAAGGACAGACUGAAAGAACUCUUAACUCCAUUGGAAUCACGACUUAAAGAGCUCUACAAACUUCACUCCCAACAAAAGCAGAUGAUGUUUGAAAUUUCAGUAAUUUUAUGAUAAUUUUUCUUUCUAAUAAUGUAAUACUGUUCACAUUUUGGUGUAGAGCUUUAUCCAGUUUCCUGCUUGGGAUAUUGCAGACUGCAGCUGAACCCAAUGACAUUUCACUGGCCAAGAAUUUGAAAUAUAAUUGAAAGGAAACAGAUGACGGUAAAAGAAAAUAUGCACCAUAAGCAUCUUUUUAAUAUAUUAAAAAUAAUGAAGAGCAACAAUAACCUGUUAAAUUAAAAAGAUAUUAUCACAAAAUUA